UAUUGAUAUUUUGAGGCUAGGCACCCUACAUCUCUACCGUGCAGGACUCCAGAAGAGUUAAGUGGGUGUCCCCCCCCUUCUCUCCCUCUCUGUCUCUCAUUGAAAACCUUAUCCAUCUGCAAAUCUGCCAACAACUAACUCUUUAAUACAGUGUAGAGGAGAGCAGGCUAGUCACAAAAUAACAGGGGAUACGGAGUCUUAGUUACACCACAGACCAGUCUCAGGAUCCAUUCAUGCUACAGUAAACAAAGCUUCAUAUAUAGAAACAGACAUCUUUCAAUCAGGAGGAGUAGAAAAGCAUUAUCACCAUGAAAAAGUCUCUGUCUUGUAGAGUGGUUUAUGUGACCUACUCCUAGAAGGAUAAAGUACUGUACUUUUAAUUUACUGAGGAGAGAAAGGACGUCUAAGAGCACUCAUAAGACCAUGGGAGGUAUAACAACAUACUGGCUUCUGCGGAGUGUUUGCCUGAGUUUUCUUCUGUUUGGCUGUAUGUGCUAUUCAAACAUACCUCCAUCGGACUACUAUAGAAGACAUUUUUUCAACCCAUAUCACUCACUUGUUCUACCAGAUGGCAGGGAAACCACAGUGUACUUGCUGAAGGAUAUUGCAAAAAGGUAUUAUUUCACAUUGGAGGAAAAUUCUACCCCUCACUUCUCCAUCACUGUGACUCCCUGUGAUGUACCAAUUGAAUGGAGUAUUCUACACUAUAAGGCAUCACAUGCACUCUAUAGAAAAACAGCAGAAAAGUAUCAAACCUUUGAGGACCUGAAAACUCGAACGUACUACAAGACGGUCUCUACACUUUUCCACUACAAAGGAAACUCUGUUGAAAGCUAUGUUGGCACUUCCGCAUAUUCUUCACUUUUUGUCCUUGAAUUUCUUUCAACUGAAAGAGACACUCACAUAUCAGUAUACCUCACAACUGACUUAGCACAUGGUAAUCUAUUCCCUGAGCUACCUGUAGAUCCUCGGAUUGAUGUCACCAGAGUCAGCCAUAACUCUGUUUCAUUGGUCUGGAAACCAAGUCCAUCUGCAGUUAAGCAGAAGGAGAAUAUAGAAUAUUGUCUGCUGGUCAAUGAAAAACAUAACUACAAAAGCUUGUGUGCUGCCGACACAGCUAUUCGAUCCGCAGGCAGAAAAUGGCCAGAGUUAGCGAGUUUCCCCAUGUUGCAGCAUCUUAAUGACCAUCAAAGGGUUAUGAUCCUUUCAAACACUGAUUUUAGGAUUAUUCACAAAUCCGGCAAUAUGGAUGUGAGGCAGAUGUGUAUUGGGAACAAGAAUUCCUACACAGUAUCUAAUCUGAAAUCCAACACUCAAUAUUACUUUGAUGUAUUUGUAGUUAAUCUUUUAACCAAUGCCAGUGUGGCCUACACAGGUACAUUUGCAAAGACUUUGUUGGAGCCAAAACCUAAGGUUACCUUGCUAAAAGAUGGUAAAAUAAUUCAACUUAAGUUUGAUGGCAAAAGAGAAAAAGUAUAUAGCUUUGAAUAUCAGGCAUCACAUAAAAAGGUCCAGUUUACGCUACAAACUUGUAAUGGACAAAUGCGUGUUCAAAUAUCAAAAAAUGGUAAAUUGUUAGUUUCAGAAUACAUUCAAGGUUUAAGACAUAUUACGCUAAAAGGUAAAUUGAUGGAUAAAUACUUGGCUGUUUUAAAGCCUGGGGAACCCUUGUUAAACACCUCUGCUAUGAUUCAGGCAUCAUCUCACAUCCACAAAUCUUUAUUCCCAUUUUUUCCAAACAGUUUGAAAAUCAAGUCUUUCAACAAACUGAGGACAUGUAACUCGAUAACUAUUGCCUGGCUUGGUACACAGGAAAGGAACAUGUACUGUGUCUACAAAAAGAAACUUCAGGAAGACCAAGUUUGGAGAGAAAUGUCCAGAGUUGAUAGUUGCUCAGGACCUGAAUCUAGGCCAAAAUCAGAGAAAGUUUUGUGUAAAUACUUCCAUGAUAUCAAUGUCCAAAGAGCAGUAACUACAGAAAGACUUGGUGAUCUGGAAAAAGACACUUCAUAUCUUUUGGACGUUUAUCUCAUUGGACCAUCUGGAAUACUUGUUAGGUAUCAGAGUAAAGUUGUUAAAACUAGAAAAACUUGUUGAAGACAUUCUUUUUUCCCCACUGAUGAUAUAAAGGAGAAGAUUCUCCCAAAGUCAAAGACAAAAAAGGAGAAGGAGCUCCCAAAUGUAGAUGAAUCUAUUUACUUGUAUAUAAAAAUCCAUUAAUUGAAUUGUAUAGGUCACCAUAAAAAACUCAAGUAAGGACUAAGAGCUAAUGAUUUUCUGUGCUCACAAUCUUUUAGUAGAGUUUAAUGUUAACUUUUGUAUCUAUCAGCUUUUGUCACCAAUGUGUUAUUGUGAUGUAUUUUUUCUACUUUAAAAAGAUAACUUUUAAAAUAGGCUUUCUUAUGCUGACUACAAUAGUAAUCCCUCAUUUAAAGGUCACUUACAGUAUGAAACAUUUAAUUUUGUAUAAUGUAGAGCUCUUAGAAGGCAGAAGAACCAGUCAGGCUGUCAGUUUAAAAACCUAGGUACAAUAAAUAUCAAAAACAACUACAUUUUCUAUUACAAAUUGCAAAGUGCCCCCCAUAAGAGUUUUUUUGCUUUAGUCUUGCACAAUGUCAGGAACUCCUGUUCCUAUAUAACAUUUCUAUUUAACCAGGGAAGCACCACCAACAGAAAUUGAGACUUUUGGAGAUACAAAGUUUUUCCUAGUACUAACACUAUUUAUUGUUGGUUUGCAUGAUAACCAAGUUACAGAUAUAAUGUACAUGCCACUUUCUAGUCUGUUGCAGGAUCGUACUUCACUUAAUAUAGCAACAAAACAAAUACCAGAUCUCUUUAAUAGAUGUGCUGUUAAAAUAUUUCAUGCUCUAUUUGUGUUUUAUCAUAUACAGUAUGUUAAAUUUUAACUUUUCACCAUUAAUCAGUAACCUGUUGGAAGGCAUGUAGUUAUUAAAUCUAUACUAUGUUGA